AUGGACGAUUAUGAAUACGAAUACCAUGAGUCAGAAACCGAGUCCUUCUACUUGAACCUAGACCUAACGUCCAUCAACGGUCUUUUGCGCCCCCCACGCAGUCGGCAGGUUGAUGUACCCCUCCCUUCCGAAGAGGACCCAACGCCCUAUGACCCUCAAGGCGACCGUUUCUUCGACGAUGGUGCUCCCCUAGAUGGCCCUGAAGCCAGCACGUUGUCUACCGAGCGAAUCCAAGUCCUGGGCCUCGACACGUGCAAUCCUGUCGUCUCGUAUUACAACCAAAUCUUCAGUUGCUCAUGGGCCGAUCAGAUCGGCACAGAGCUAAUUUUCUCCCAUCCGGAGGAGGACGCAGGCCUGGGUCAUGACCAGACCUGUCCACCGCUGCAGCAGGGCCCCGCUUUUCACCUGAUUGCUGCCAACAGCGUGAAGCUCUUGGGACGCAAAGCAAACAUCGCGUCCAGUACAGGCCCGGCAUCGGUCCCAGAGGCCAAUCCUCCCGCCAACUCUAUAUCUACCGAUUCGUCAUUGGCAUCCACUCAGGAACCGACUCCCAAUGCUGUGCCUCGGCGGCCAGAACCCCCUUCGCAUCAAGCGGCAUUCAUCCAACGUCUGCAAGCCCUCAAAGCUGCCAAGGGCCAGACGGACACCGUGCGUACUGUCAUGAGUUCUAAGCGUGCCAACCCUAAUCUCAUUGAGCGCUUGAACGCGUGGGCUCGCACCGAAGCGCAAAUGGCCAACAUUCAAAGCUUAAAUGAACGCGCUAGCAAUGGUGACCAAGAAGCGGAAGACGAAUUGCUUCAGAUGCUCCGAGAUCUGGAUGAUCAGAAUGUCCAAUCGGUCUGA